AGGCCUAACACAUGUGCCCGUUUGGAACCCCUGCACCUUUAUUGGCGGCAAGCAGCAAAUCUGAGUAGUUGCCCAUUGAGUUUCUACCUUUUAUUGUUAUAGCCUGCUUACUCUUAUACAUUUACCACUGAAGUCUAUGGCAGCCCCUUGGCCUAGAAACGUAACAGCGCUUUGAGCACCAUAGGCAUCUCACAUCAAAACAAUAGCCUAUGGAUAAAUGGCCCUACAGAUCAGUGGCGACUCUGCCCUGCUGGACUGCUUGGACCAGUCGCGAAACUGCAGUGUUCAACAUGCGUCUUAGUGUAAGUUGUUUUGUAUAGAGUGCAAGUCAUCAGUGUCAUUGAGUGGGUUAAAAGUUACGUGAGUGAAACAACCGCUACUGAGUGAGACGUUUUUUACGGACGAGAUGACUUGUCAAACUGUGUCAGGUGUAACCCUUGGUUUGCUGCUCACAUAUUUUGUAGCAAAUUUACACUUUACUUUGUGCUCGGGACAAAGUCAAGACACCGAGUUUACUUUUCUAUUGCCUGCUGGCACAACAGAAUGUUUUUUUCAAACUACUGUGAAGAACGGGAGCUUGGAAGUAGAGUAUCAGGUGAUAGCAGGAGCAGGUCUGGAUGUGGGCUUCACCCUGAUCUCCCCCAGUGGCUACCGGCUGGCCUCUGACUUCCGGAGGUCUGACGGCAUCCACACGGUGGAGCCCACAGAGGAUGGAGACUACCGCCUGUGCUUUGACAACAGCUUCAGUAAGCUGUCUGAGAAGAUGGUGCUCUUCGAGGUGAUCCUCGAGGGCCAGGCGGGGGCUGCUGAUGGAGGCGACAGCUGGGUUGAGAUGGGCCAACCAGAGAGCCUGGUGGAGUUCAAACUGGAAUACAUGAGGGAGACCACAGAGUCAGUGCAUCGUCACCUGGAGAAAAGCCGGCAGGUCCAGAGCAUCCUCAGGGCAUUUGAGGCUCGUGACCGCUACCUGUUGGAGGACAACCUGUGGAGGGUCUCCUUCUGGUCCUGCCUCAACCUGCUGGUCAUCCUCACCGUGGCUGUAACCCAGGUCUGCACACUCAGAAGCCUCUUCGACGAGAAGAGGAGCGUACGAACAGAGCUGCUACCACCCCCAUGGUCUCUGGUAUCUCCCAUAUCCAAGGCACAAGGGUGAUGAAACCAACAUGACCCUUUUGUGGAGUAAUGGUCUCUCCUAGAGCUUGUGUACGGGAUGUUCUGUAUCAGUUGUUGAACACAACUUUUGUAGUGAUGGGUAAAGCUUGACAAGCCGGAAAAGUGCCUACUUUUUUAAUGAAAACUAUGUAAGAAUGUUGUGACUACUCAUCAUAAAUCUAUCUGUGGAGAUGCAGUGGUACAAGAUGACAGAUGUAAUUAAGAGUUUUAAAUCGAGUGACAAUGCAAUUAUUUAUUGGUAUUACAUAUCUUAUAUGCAGAUUUUUUUCUCUCCAUAAGGCUGUUUAAUCAUUGCCUUUGGUAAAAGAAAUCACUUCUAUCAAGGAUGUUGUUUUCACACAUAUUUAUUUUACAUUAUUGUGUGAACCCUGCUGCGACAUUCAAUGGAAUGUGGAACCAGAAUAUAAAGCAAAUACUGUCCUUAAGAUGUAAUUUCCUUUUGUACAGCAAACCAGUCACAAUGUCAUUAACUUAAUAGAAA